AUGACGGCCGCGGCGACCGUGCUCAAGGAGGGCGUGCUGGAGAAGCGCAGCGGCGGACUGCUGCAGCUGUGGAAACGCAAGCGCUGCGUGCUUACCGAGCGCGGGCUGCAGCUCUUCGAGGCCAAGGGCACGGGCGGCCGGCCCAAGGAGCUCAGCUUCGCCCGCAUCAAGGCCGUGGAGUGCGUGGAGAGCACGGGGCGCCACAUCUACUUCACGCUGGUGACCGAGGGCGGUGGUGAGAUCGAUUUCCGCUGCCCCCUAGAAGACCCUGGCUGGAACGCUCAGAUCACCCUGGGCUUGGUCAAGUUCAAGAACCAGCAGGCCAUCCAGACAGUGAGAGCUCGGCAGAGCCUCGGGGCUGGGACCCUCGUGUCCUAAACCACCAGGCUCCCAUCUUACCGUCAUCCCCCUGCCCCCGUGGUGCCCGGAGCUCAUGCCAGCUGCCCUGCACCCCUUCACUGGUGGGGGGCAUGACUGUGCUCUGUGCUGUGAGCAGAAGCCGUGGGCAUGUGGAAGAGGCAUCAGAGCUGAAGGAGUGGACGGGCCAGGGAAGGAGGGCAGAAGGCUGUGUGAAGCUGAGGAUGAAGAUUCAGCUCCUGGACAGACUGUCAGAACCUCGGGGCAUACCCAGCUCAGCUUCUAGCCACAGGCCUGCCCCGCCCCCCCGCAUCACGCUAGGAGCUGGCGUCAAGUCCUCUGCCUGCUGAGGCCCUUCCAUUGGGUCUGCAAACUGCUGUUAGUCCCUGGCCUCUCUUCAGGCCUGGAGGAGGACAGUCCCCCAUGGGAUGCUAGGCUGACACCUCAGGACUCAAGAGGCCAGCUGGGUGUCCAGAGGAGGCACCACCCUGGGACCGCCUUGGACUCACCUCGAGGAGAGGGAGCUGCUGGGCCUGAGACCCACACCUGGGGGUCUCCUGCUGCUUAGGUCCUUUUGGGACCCCCACCAUCCAGGCCCUCUCUUUGCACACAUCUUUCCCCGCCUCUACCCAUGUUCCCCCUGUGGUGCUGGGCCUGGAGGGGGUGUGGGUGAGGUUUGGCCAUUACCAUUUCAUGCCUAUUGCAGAAUGAAGAUGCCCUGCAAAGGGCAGCGACCACACUGUCUGCUGCGUGACAUUCUUUGCCCACACAGAACCAGGGCAUGGCACGUCUCCCCAGCCACCACCUUGCACAGCCCAUUCCGAAACUUCUAGCCUAGCUGUGGGAGACACUGGAACCCCAGUAGACCUAGCCUCAGUGGUCCUAGGAAGGGUGGGCUUCAGUGUGACUUGGGAUGCCACAGUGGCCAACUCCAUCUCUGUGGUUCCUGACCUUCCUCCCAUCUCUGGAAGAAGCAAGGCUGACCGGCUUCCCUCCAGCAACUUAAAGUCUCUUUCAUAACUUCUUUGUGCACCCAGCCUGUCUGUUCCUCUCCGCAUUUCUCCUGCCUUCCAAUCAAAUCUUCCCUGUGCCGUGUCUUAGUUCCUUGGUCCUCAGAAGCAACUCGCUUUUUUCAUGGCUGCAUAUAGAUUUACAAAUUACAAAGGAACUUUUUACCAACAUCCCUCGUAUGAUCUCAUCAGGCAGAACACCACCCCAUGGAUAGCUGAACCCCACCAUGGCAAAUAAAUAUCUCACACAUGAACCUGGGUCAGUGCUGA